AUGUCAAACAAUUAAAUCAUAUACUAAUAGUAAGAAGAACAAAGAUCUCUCUUUUCUCGAUUGUGUGCUUGUUUGCAAAUAUUUAAUGGCAAAAAGAAACGAGGAACGCAAAAUCAAUAUCAUGCAGAAAUUGACACACCCAAAUCAUCCUUCAUUUUUGGAUAAAAGAAAACUAUUGUCUUGGAUUUAGAUGAAACAUUAGUGCACAGUCAAUUUCAGCCAAUGGAUAAUUGCGAUCUUUGCUUAGAUAUUGUCGUUUAAUCAUAAAAUUUCAAAGUUUAUGUGCUUGUACGACCUGGGGCUAAACAAUUCAUUGAUGAACUAAGCAAUUUUUAUGACAUUAUCUUAUGGACUGCAAGUCUCAAGGAAUAUGCUUAGCCCGUGAUGGACUUUGUUGAUCCAAACAAGAAGGCCAUCGAUAGAUUAUUUAGAGAAAGCUGCACCAUUAUCAAAGGGGGAUUGACUAAGGACCUGAGUAUAUUGGGCAGAGAUUUGAAAGAUAUUAUCAUUGUUGAUAAUUCAAUCCUAUCAUUCACACUGAAUCCAGACAAUGGUUUCAAAGUCAGGGACUUCUUCUAUGAUAAAUCAGAUAGAGAACUUGAAUAGAUUCUCCCAUUUUUGGUCUGGAUCUCAUAACUUCCUGAUGUGAGACCAGUGGCUACAUAAUAUCAGUAAUUUAUAAAUUCAUCUCCUGAAUAGUUAAAUGAACGAAGGAAUGGCAGCAUUGUGCCACUUGAUCAACAAAAGUUUUCAAGUCUCUCCAGAUCUUUCACUAUUCAAAGGGAAAAAAUCAAGAAAGCUUCCAUAAUUAGAACUUUAACACUAUCUCAAAAUGACGAUGAGGAAUUCGAUGAAAUUGUCAUCAAAAAACAAAUCAAAUAAGGUGUCAUCUCAAAAUAGGAUCAAGCCAAUGAUAGUGAAAAGGAGACAUUUGAAAUUGGUAAUUGA